UCUUUCAACCAGACCACAUUUCUGCAGCAAGGAAGGUUUGAGAAACUAGUUCCCAGAUCUUCUCCCUUCUCUCAGAGAAGGGGCUUUUAUCCUGAACAGUUUCUUCUCCUUGUCCACGUGCCCCCUCCCUCAGCUCCUCUUUGCCAGCUGGUCUCUCUCCUUGCAGCCAUUCCCGAUGGAGUUCUGGACACUGCCAUCCGUGCUGACGAGGCGGGGAGCGAGGAGGACCUCUAUGAGGAUAUGCACAGCUCCAGCCACCACUACAGCCACCCUGCUGGGGGCGGCGAGCAACUGGCCAUCAAUGAGCUCAUCAGCGAUGGCAGUGUGGUCUGUGCUGAAGCACUCUGGGACCAUGUCACCAUGGAUGACCAGGAACUGGGCUUCAAAGCUGGGGAUGUCAUCGAAGUAAUGGAUGCCACCAACAGAGAGUGGUGGUGGGGCCGUGUCGCCGACGGCGAGGGAUGGUUCCCAGCCAGCUUCGUGCGGCUGCGUGUGAACCAGGACGAGCCUGCGGACGACGAGGCGCUGCGGGCCGGGGCUGGCGGGGCGGAGGACGGCGGGACCGAGGCGCAGAGCAGCAAGAACCAGAUGCGGACCAACGUCAUCAACGAGAUCCUCAGCACGGAGCGCGACUACAUCAAGCACCUGCGCGACAUCUGCGAGGGCUACAUCAGGCAGUGCCGCAAGCGCGCCGACAUGUUCAGCGAGGAGCAGCUGCGCACCAUCUUCGGGAACAUCGAGGACAUCUACCGCUGCCAGAGGGCCUUCGUGCAGGCGCUGGAGCAGAGGGUCAACAGGGAGCGGCCGCACCUCAGCGAGCUGGGCGCCUGCUUCCUGGAGCACCAAGCGGACUUCCAGAUCUACUCCGAGUACUGCAACAACCACCCCCGCGCCUGCCUGGAGCUCUCCCGGCUCGCCAAGCUCAGCAAGUACGUGUACUUCUUCGAGGCCUGCCGGCUGUUGCAGAAGAUGAUUGACAUCUCUCUGGACGGCUUCCUGCUGACCCCAGUGCAGAAGAUCUGCAAGUACCCUCUGCAGCUGGCUGAGCUGCUCAAGUACACACCCCCCCAGCACAGGGAUUUCAAGGACGUGGAGGCUGCUUUACAUGCCAUGAAGAACGUGGCCCAGCUCAUCAAUGAACGGAAACGGAGACUGGAAAACAUCGACAAGAUUGCUCAGUGGCAAAGCUCCAUAGAGGACUGGGAGGGGGAAGACCUCCUGGUCAGGAGCUCAGAGCUCAUCUACUCAGGGGAGCUGACUCGAGUUACACAGCCACAAGCCAAGAGCCAGCAGAGGAUGUUUUUUCUCUUUGACCAUCAGCUCAUCUACUGUAAGAAGGACCUUCUCCGCCGGGACGUGCUGUACUAUAAAGGCCGAGUGGACAUGGAUGACCUGGAGGUGGCAGAUCUGGAGGAUGGGAAGGACAGAGACCUCCAUGUGAGCGUCAGGAAUGCCUUCCGGCUGCACUGCGGCGCCACAGGAGAGAGCCACUUGCUGUGUGCCCGGAAGCCUGAACAGAAGCAGCGCUGGCUCAAGGCCUUCGCCAGGGAGAGGGAGCAGGUGCAGAUGGACCAGGAGACAGGAUUCUCCAUCACUGAGCUGCAGAGGAAGCAGGCCAUGCUGAAUGCCAGCAAGCAGCAGGCCACCGGGAAGCCCAAAGCCCUCAGCCGGCCCUACUACCUGACACGCCAGAAGCACCCGGCACUGCCCACCUGCCUGCCCCAGCAACAGGUCUUGGUGCUGGCAGAGCCCAAGCGGAAGCCCUCCACCUUCUGGCACAGCAUCAGCCGCCUGGCACCGUUCCGCAAGUGAGCCAGUGGCCCACCCGACCACACUGUCUGGACCUUCCCCGCCAGCGGGCCUCCGGCUUCUCCUCCUCAAGGUCCACUGUGUCCGGCCCUCCUCUGCGUAUGACACAAACUGGAAGCGAGCAGGGCCAUGUGAGGAAGCUGCUCAGUGCCACCAGUAUGUGCCAAGUUCUGGGCUCCCAUUCAUGGUUUCUGCCCCACUACUGGUGCACUGAAGACACCAGCCAGACAGGGAGCCCCACAGCAUGUGGACCCCCUGGCACCCUGGACGUUGGUGGGGCCUCCUGGGAGCUAGGGCUCAGAA